UCUGGCCCAAAUCUUUUCUACAAGUUUCAGGGCGGGUCUAAUUGGGUAAAAAUGUAAAAUUCCAAAAAGAGCGAGGGGGUGGAAGAAAUGUAAUGAAAUUUUGUUGGGACAAAUUUAUAAAAAACAGCAAAAAUACACGAAACCAAAACCAAGUGUAUUAUUUUAUUCCGAUUAACGGUUAAGUAAGCGCCACGUGUAACCGCAUAGGUCGGCCACACGCACACCAAAAAAAGAGGUCGGCCACAGAGAAGUACUUCCCUUCCUAAACACGUAAAAAAUUACAACUUUACCACUCAAACCACGUGAAAGCAGAACCAAUCGUUUCUAUCAAAAAACAAAGUGAACUUCAAAAAAGAGUUCGAGUGUGUUGUUUAUAAAGCUUCUUCUCCUUCUUCUACUACUUUCCUAAACACCCGCUAAUUUCGAAACCUCCAAAACAAAAAAUGGCUUCGCGUCUUGGAGUCUCCCUACGCGCCGCCUUGACCGCACCUCACGCCCCUCACUUCGACGACGGAACACGCCGUCACUCCUCGUCAAUUUUCACGAACCGGAGGAAUCGAACCGGAUCGAGGACGCUUAGGGUUUCGAAUGACGGGCCCGAAUCGUACCUCGACAUGUGGAAAAACGCCGUCGAUCGCGAGAAGAAGGAGAAGGCCUUCGAGAAGAUAGCCGAGAAUGUAGCUUCCGACGGCGAGGACGGAGAUUUAAACAAGAAGAGCGACGAGUUCCAGAAGAUCCUGGAAGUCUCCGUCGAGGAGAGGGAUCGGAUUCAGCGGAUGCAGGUGGUGGAUCGCGCCGCCGCGGCUAUCUCCGCCGCGAAAGCGAUUCUCGCCUCUAACAAUUCAGGCGACGGCAAUGAUGGGUUUCAAGACGAGGAGAAGAGCGGCAAUGAUGCUAAGUCCAAAGGGAUGUGGAGCAGAACAGUGUAUGUCCCUCGGUCGGAAACUUCUGGUUCCGAGACACCAGGACCUGACUUUUGGUCUUGGACACCUCCUGAGAUGAGUUCCAAUGCGAGUAUGGACUUGCAACCUAAGCCUUCUGAGUUUCCGACCUUGUCAAAUCCUGUACUGGAGAAAGAACCUUCAUCGGAUUCUCUUUCCAUACCUUACGAGAGUAUGCUCUCCACCGAAAGACAUAGCUUUGUUAUCCCUCCUUUUGAGUCUCUGAUCGAGGUUAAAAAAGAGACAGAGACAGAGACAAAGUCCAUAUCGUCGGAACAUGACCUUGAUGCCGUUUCUUCAGCAAAUGCGGAGGAAGCGGCUCGUGUUCUUGAUGGUUUGGAUGAUUCUUCGUCGUCUGGAGUUAGCCAAGACGGGUUGAAGUGGUGGAAGCAGACGGGUGUUGAGAAAAGGCCUGAUGGUGUGGUUUGCAGGUGGACUAUGAUACGUGGUGUGACUGCUGAUGGUGUUGUUGAGUGGCAGGACAAGUACUGGGAGGCUUCUGAUGACUUUGGGUUUAAGGAGCUUGGUUCUGAGAAAUCAGGACGUGAUGCUGCUGGAAACGUGUGGCGUGAGUUCUGGAGAGAGGCGAUGAUGCAGGAGAACGGUGUUGUGCAUAUGGAGAAAACUGCAGACAAAUGGGGAAAGAGUGGACAAGGAGAUGAAUGGCAAGAGAAGUGGUUUGAGCAUUACGAUGCUACCGGCAAAUCAGAAAAAUGGGCUCACAAAUGGUGCAGCCUUGACCGUAACACACCACUUGAUGUUGGCCACGCUCAUGUCUGGCAUGAGAGGUGGGGAGAGAAGUAUGACGGGCAAGGCGGAAGCACAAAGUACACCGACAAGUGGGCGGAGAGGUGGGUAGGGGAUGGUUGGGACAAGUGGGGAGACAAAUGGGACGAGAACUUUAACCCGAGCGCUCAAGGAGUGAAGCAAGGUGAGACUUGGUGGGAAGGGAAGCAUGGUGACCGCUGGAACCGGAGCUGGGGUGAAGGACAUAACGGUUCGGGUUGGGUACACAAAUACGGGAAAAGCAGUAGUGGAGAACACUGGGACACACAUGAGCAACAAGAGACUUGGUAUGAGAGGUUCCCUCACUUUGGUUUCUUCCACUGUUUUGACAACUCUGUUCAGCUCCGAGCUGUUCGGAAGCCUUCUGAUUUAGAAAAUGAUGGAGAAAAGCAAUAAUUUAAAUAAAUAGCAUUUGGUACAUUGAGAACUACUUGCUCUCUGAUGAUUUAUUCGUUGCCUUGUGUUUAAUAGGUGUUUCUUAAGUUUAUGUGUGGUGAGGUAGUGUCAUAUAAUGUUGUCAAAAAAUGUAGUGUUAUAUACAUAAAUUAUUGAUUAACUUGUCUCUUUUCUUGGUUAAAAUCUUUCUCUUAAAAUUCUUUAAAGGUAUGAAGUGUUAAAAUCUUUGUUUAUCUACUGUAUUUUUCUGUUUGAGGUU